UCAGAUUUCAAUUUUGUUCGAUGUUUAUGAUCUCGCUGUGCUUACAAGCCUGAUCGGUGGAUUUUUUGUGGUUACCCAGUCACUUUUCGUUUCUUUAUAGUGUGAUUGGUUUGAUUUGAAUUAGUUGAUUUCUUGAACUUGUCGAGGUUUAUGAAUUUACGAAUCUAAAUAAAAAUGGUAGAUUUUUGGUGAUUUUAGUGAUUUUGAUGAGCGCUUUGAUGCAGGAAUUUUUGUUAUGUUUGAAAUUUGAAUCUUAUGGGAAAGAUCUAACUAAUUUUUAUUUUUAUUUUUUUUAAUUUUUAUUAAUGAAUAUUGAAAGUUCUUGUUUUUUUGUUUGUCAUUGGAUGACUUUGUUGCAAUGAGUAUUUGUAAGUCUAUUAAGUAAAUGCUGCACCUUUGUUAAUAUGAGGGCUUAACCUAAAAAUUUGAGGAUUUUGGAUUACUCUAGAGGGUGGUGAAUUUUGUGUGUAGGAAGUGCUGUUAUUGUUGUUUGAUACUGGUGUAAAUGGGUGAGCAUUCGGUGGUGAAUUUUGAUCAACUGGUUAAGACGGAUGAAGUAGGGUCUGGCCUGCCAGUUGAUGGGGCAAAGGAUAUUGAAAAGAAGACAGAAAGUGCAGAGCCCUCUUCCAGUGCUGUGGUAGAGGAUAAGGUGGCGGGCAUGGGGAAAGAGAAAGAUAUUGAGGUGGCAGAUGAGGAGGCACCUCUAAUUGGUAUAAGGGAAUGUCGCAUCUGCCAAGAGGAGGAUUCUGUGAAGAAUUUGGAGACUCCCUGUGCUUGUAGUGGCAGUCUCAAGUAUGCUCACAGAAAAUGUGUCCAACACUGGUGCAAUGAGAAGGGUGACAUUACUUGUGAGAUCUGUCAUCAGCCUUAUCAGCCUGGCUAUACGGCUCCUCCUCGAUCUCAGCCAGAAGAAACUACCAUAGAUAUCGGAGGAUGGCAAAUUUCUGGUACGCCCCUGGAUUUGCAUGAUCCUCGCCUUUUGGCACUUGCUGAGGCUGAACGCCAAAUUUUGGAAGCUGAGUAUGAUGAUUAUAAUGCUACAAAUGCAAGUGGUGCUGCAUUCUGCCGUUCUGCUGCUUUGAUUUUAAUGGCUCUUCUGCUAUUGCGGCAUGCUCUGAGUAUGACUGACAGUGAAGGAGAUGAUGAAGAUCCAUCUGCCCUUUUCUCUCUUUUCUUGCUUCGGGUGUUUGGCUUUCUUUUACCAUGUUACAUCAUGGUUUGGGCAAUCAGUAUUUUGCAGCAGCGAAGGCAAAGGCAGGAGGCUGCAGCAGCAUUGGCUGCAUCACAGUUUGCAUUCGUGGUGCAAUCGGCACAAAGAAAUGGUGUGCAUUUGACUAUAGCAUCAACCACACCUCCGGUCCCUGCAGCUCAUGAACACGUGUGAGGAAACUGGGAGCAAUUUUAGCGGAAUGUUAUGAAGAUGAGAAGCCCUGGGCUGGGGUUUCAAAAAGAGCUAGGUUGUGUUGUGCCUUGUCGUCGGUAAAUUUUAAUGGGAGCAAUUUUAGCAAUAAAUGGUACAAUUUUCUUGGUCAAUUUAUAUAUGCAUCCUCCCCUGUGAUCAGUAAUCUGUGUUAUACAAUAUCAACUAGAGUGUUACUGCAGUAAAAUCAUUCAUCCAGCGUCU